GCGACAUAAAAUUUUAGUAGCCAUUGGCGACUUGGCGUGAAAAGUAUUGGCUGCAAAAAUAAAUUUCAGCAAAACCAAUUGUGAAAACUUGGGUAAACUAAGUGAAUUAGUGCACCGGUGUUGAGACAAGAAAGGACCUUAAGGACCUUAGUUAAGAAAUAUGGCAGCAGCCGCACCAGCUGCCGCAGCUGCGGCACCAGCUGCAGCACCAACAAAUAUUGCCGAAAUCGCAGGCGAUGCCAAUGUGAUGAACUACAUGAAGAACCGCCUGCGCAAGGGCGCGAUGAAGCGGAAGGGUCUUAUGGUUAUAAACGGGCAUAAGUUCGCGGUGCGCUUCUUCAAGCAGCCAACCUACUGUGGGCACUGCAAGGACUUUAUAUGGGGCUUCGGCAAGCCAGGCUAUCAGUGUGAAGAUUGCCGCUUCAAUAUACAUCAGAAAUGUUGCAAUUUCGUGGUGUUCAAAUGUCCUGGCAAGGAGACCGACAUUGAUGCUGAUUGUUCGAAAGUCAAACAUAAAUGGGAAUCGACCACCUAUACAACGCCAACAUUUUGCGAUGAUUGUGGCAUGUUGCUGCAUGGUGUGGCACAUCAGGGCGUCAAGUGCGAUAAUUGCAAUUUGAAUGUGCAUCACGCUUGCAAGGAGAAGAUGCCUCCACUGUGUGGCGCCGAUAUCAAUGAACUGCGCGGCAAGUGUUUGUUGUAUGCGGAACUCAAGGGCAAUACGCUGACUGUAGAAAUCAAAGAGGCUACCAAUUUGAUACCGAUGGACACGAAUGGUUUGAGCGAUCCGUACAUUGCAAUAGUGUUGCAUCCAGAUCGCAGUGGCAAAACAAAGAAGAAGACGAAGACUAUACAGAAGUGUUUGAGUCCGGUUUAUAAUGAGAAAUUUACUUUUGACCUCACACCGCAAGAUCGCGAUAAACGUCUACUGAUUGAGGUUUGGGAUUGGGAUCGUACUUCACGUAAUGACUUCAUGGGCUCAUUUUCAUUCAGCUUGGAAGAGAUACAGAAGGAACCCAUCGACGGCUGGUACAAGUUUCUCUCUCAAGUUGAGGGCGAGUACUACAACAUACCGUGCUCGGAUCCGGUCAACGACAUAGCGCGCUUGCGCGAUGAAGUGCGAAUGGACAAAAAAACCGAUAAUAGGCGGCGCAUGGACAACAAAGAUAUGCCACACAAUAUGAGCAAACGCGAUAUGAUACGUGCAGCAGAUUUCAAUUUCAUCAAAGUACUUGGCAAGGGCUCGUUCGGUAAAGUGCUGCUGGCCGAGCGCCGUGGUACCGAUGAGCUGUAUGCGGUGAAAGUGCUGCGCAAGGAUGUCAUCAUACAGACCGACGACAUGGAAUUGCCCAUGACUGAGAAGCAGGUGUUGGCGUUGUCGGGCAAGCCGCCAUUUUUGGUCUCAUUACACUCGUGCUUCCAGACUAUGGAUCGUCUAUUCUUUGUCAUGGAGUACUGCAAAGGCGGUGAUCUUAUGUACCACAUGCAGGUCUAUGGACGUUUUAAGGAAUCAGUGGCAGUCUUCUAUGCCGCCGAGAUUGCUAUUGCAUUAUUCUUUUUACAUGAGCAUCACAUUAUCUACCGCGACCUUAAGUUGGAAAAUGUGCUGCUGGAUGGUGAGGGUCAUGUCAAGCUUGCUGAUUUUGGUCUCAGCAAGGAUGGUAUUGCCGAUCGCGACACUACGAGAACCUUCUGCGGCACGAAUGUGUAUAUGGCACCCGAGAUUCUCGCCUAUGAAACCUAUAGCCACACCAUUGAUUGGUGGUCUUAUGGUGUGUUACUCUUUGAAAUGUUAGCCGGACAAAAUCCCUUCGAGGCUGAUGAUGAGGAGAACACAUUUAAAAAUAUCAAAGAGAAAAAAGCAGUAUUUCCGAAACACUUCUCUCAGGAGGCAAUGGACGUGUUGACGAGCUUCCUUGCCAAAAAGCCCAAUAAUCGCUUAGGUGCUGGCCGCUAUGCUCGUUCUGAGAUUACCACACAUCCAUUCUUCAGGAAUAUAGAUUGGGACAAGGUUGAGGCGAAGGAAAUGGAGCCGCCUAUUGUACCGAAAAUUAAACAUCGCAAGGAUAUCUCGAACUUCGAUAAAGCUUUCGUUGGCGAAAAAACAGAUUUGACACCAACCGAUAAAUUAUUCAUGAUGAAUUUGGAUCAGAGUGACUUCAUAGGCUUCUCCUAUAUGAAUCCGGAGUUUAUCACUAUUAUCUAAAAUGCAUAUAAAAUGCUUAAAGUACUAAAUUUAGAGAACUCUGUAAUAUGAAAUACAAAAAUAUAUUGGAAAAAUUAGCAGAAAAAGCAGAAAAAAGUUCACUGUUAUUAAUAAUA